AUGUUUAUAAAUGUGUCCCUCUCCCUUUGUCCGAAAGGUGUUGUGGAAGGCGACCUGGCAGCUGUGGAGGCCUACAAGUCAUCGGGAGGUGACAUCGCACGGCAGCUAUCAUCAGACGAGGUGCGCCUAUUAAACCGCUCGUCUGCAUUUGAUGACGGCUUCACGUUGGUUCACCUAGCCAUCCGCUUCCAGAGACAGGACAUGCUGGCUGUGUUACUCACAGAGGUGUCCCAACAGGCAGCCAAGUGUAUCCCUGCCAUGGUGUGUCCUGAGCUCACGGAGCAGAUCCGCAGAGAGGUGGCAGCGUCUCUUCACCAACGCAAGGGAGACUUCACCUGCUAUUUUCUCACUGACUUGGUGACCUUCACCCUGCCUGCAGAUAUCGAAGACUUGCCCCCAGCAGUUCAGGAGAAGCUGUUUGAUGAGGUGCUGGACCGAGACGUACAAAAAGAGCUUGAAGAGGAGUCUCCCAUCAUCAACUGGUCCCUGGAGCUGGCCACCAGGUUGGACAGCCGGCUGUACGCCCUGUGGAACCGCACGGCCGGGGACUGUCUGCUGGACUCAGUGCUGCAGGCCACAUGGGGCAUCUACGACAAAGACUCAGUGCUCCGCAAGACCCUCCACGACAGCCUGCACGACUGCUCCCACUGGUUUUACACGCGCUGGAAGGAGUGGGAGUCGUGGUAUUCCCAGAGUUUCGGCCUGCACUUUUCCCUUCGGGAGGAACAGUGGCAGGAGGACUGGGCCUUCAUCCUUUCCCUGGCUAGUCAGCCUGGAUCCAGCUUGGAGCAGACCCACAUUUUUGUUCUUGCACACAUACUUCGUAGGCCUAUUAUCGUCUAUGGAGUGAAGUAUUACAAAAGUUUCCGUGGAGAGACGCUUGGGUACACCCGUUUUCAAGCUCCAGCCUACAUGUGUCUGCAUAGCUUACAUAGCAGACAUAACUGCCCCUCUGCACUUACAUCACAGAAGAGGCUCAUGAUUGGACCUCACAAACUGCUGAAUUGCUCCCUUAGAGUCCGCUACAAACGUAUCUACUUGAGUUUGUUUGUUACUCUACUUUCAAUGUGGCUCCCUCUGAUGGUGGCAUCUGUCCCCCUGCAGAUGGGUAACGAGGAGCAGCAGGAGAAGCUGCUGCGGGAGUGGCUGGACUGCUGUGUGACGGAGGGGGGGGUGCUGGUGGCUCUUCAGAAGAGCUCACGACGUCGCAACCACCCUCUGGUCACCCAGAUGGUGGAGAAGUGGCUGGACGGGUACCGGCAGAUCCGCCCCUGCGCGUCUCUGUCUGACGGAGAGGAGGAGGAGGACGAUGAAGACGAGUGACAGAACUGAAGCGAGGCGAGGGAGGCGGUCUGCUGGUGGGGGGGNGGGGGGGGGGGCAAGACUCCUCCCUCUCCUCUAUCUUACAGUUUUUUUUUUUCUUUCCUGACACGGACAAACUGUGAAAGCCUUCAGGAGAGGACAGGGAACCAAGCCCCCCCCCCACUGACAGGAGACACUGCUGCUCUUCUAUCACACGCAGGCACUCGGACAGACACCUAAAAAACACGUGCAACACUUUACUCUGAAAACGCUGAGACUGACAAACUGCUGCGAGACAAAGGUUUACGAAUGCAAACGACCUUUUGAUUUGUUUUUCAAAUGUAAAGGAAUAAAGGAUUCUCGAUCCAUAGAUGUAAAUGCAUGUGGUUGUUUUAAAAAGAGUAUAAGGACAUAUACCAGCAUUUAUAUCUGUUCAGUGUGGGCACUGAGAAAAGCACACUUCCAAAUUGAUCUUUUUGAUGUUUCUUUUUCCAUUUUAAGACUUGGCUUGUUACUUUUUUUUUUCUUUCUGAAUGGGCAGGGACAAAGCCAAUAAAUAUUAUCUGUAGAAAACCAGAGAUUGUGUAAUACUAAAUGACUUUAAUCCUUAUUACUAAGCACUGCACAUUUAUUAAAAACAUUUCUAUAUAAAUACAGUAUCAUUGCUUGAAUCAAGGUCAUAUAUGAAGCUCUUGAAAGGGGAGAUUUUCCCUUUACAAGUCAAAUCUACACUCAAUCUUCGCACACAAACAUUCAUGUUGGAUCUUUGGUUUACCUUUUUCAGACUGAUUGAAGUUGUGUGUGUGUGUGCGUGUGUUUUCUUCUCUGAAAUUACUCUUACAUAUUUAUUGUUUGGAAACUUAUAUGAGCUACUAGGAUCUUUCUGUAUAUGUUCUUUCUCCUUUCUGUGGUUUUGUUAAUUAUUCUCUCAAUCUUGAUGAAGACACGUUGCACAGAAACACUGUUGCUGUGAGGAAAGAACCAAUCAUCCCCAUCAGUGAGAAGUUUACUUGCGUUAUUGCGUGCGAUUUAGUAUCUCAUCUGGAUGCCUAAAAUCUGGUGCUUUUCUUUUGGGCAGACGAGUGUGAGACACAUUUAAUGUCAACAGAACAGUCACAGCGUUGUUUGUUAUUUCCUCUUUGUCCCUUUUUUCCUCAUAGCAUUUGUUGUCAAGGUCAUGGUACACGUCAGUUCACCUCCUCUGUUUGUUGUCCUCCUUUAAGUUUGUGAUGAAGGUCAUUGUGAGACUGCAACAUAUAAAACCAAAGCUGACAGAAGAAAAACAAGUUACUUUUUUUUUUGCUGUGAAUGUUUUGCAUUUCGUUUUUUUCCCUGCCAUUGCGUACUGUAACCUCUUUCCUGUUUCAUUCAAACUCACGUUUUGAGCAUCACCUGUAUGUUGCUUUGUAUUUAUGCAAUAGUUGCAGUUGUGACUAUGAUGGUUUGUGGAUUUAAGCCUGACUUCACUAUACAGAGUGUAACGCAGUGAACAGGCAAAAUAAGGAAAAAAAAUAAAGGAAAACCUUUUUGAAUGUCCAACUAAACUGCUUCCUGUCUGAUGUUCUUAGAAAUCAAUUCUGUUAGUUCAUGUUUUAGUUUAUUCUGUGAUUUUCAUUGAAAAAACAUAGUAUAGUGAGUUAAUCGUAAACAAAUGUGAUUCAACAUAUAGUGUAGUCAUUUCAACUAAUCCUAAAAAUGUCAUAGUAUAUCAUGGCUUAUAGUAAAUGAUGUUCUAUGCAGUAAAACAUCAUAGUACAGUUUGUCAAACAUUAUGAAAGAUUGUCACAACAAUUAUAGAAUGGUAUGUUCUGUAAAAAGUACAUAUGCUAGUAUGUCAUAAAAAAGUUCAUUAUUGUUAUCUCUUUAUUGUAUUUGUUUAAACAGAGGUCAUGAGAUGAUUCUGACAGCGUUGUCAGAGAAGGCCACAAGGUUCAGAUUGGCCACUGCCUCCAACAUCUACAAAUAUAUCGUAAACAUACUGUAGACUGUGUUUAGAGUUUAGAUAAAGACUUCAUUUUCUCAAUCAUAACGCUCAAUGUUUAAUACUUAAAUGUGUGAAUGCUUAUGGAGUCAAACACUUCAAUAAUAACAAUUUAUAUUGUGCACUAGGCAGGCAGAAAUAACUUCUAUUCUCAUGCAUUCAGAUACAUCCCCUAGAAAAUACAGAGAAUAUCAGCGUUUACACGUAAAAUUUCUUAUAAAGAUCAUACAUACAAAGUAGAGACGUGUUAAUGGAAAACUCUUGGGUGUUUUUAAUAUCCUCCAUAUCAUUUGACCUUAUGACUCCUAAUCCAUGUAGCAUCCUAAUCCAUGUAGCAUUCUAAUCCAUGUAGCAUUGUAUAACUGCAAAAGACAUCCGGGACACACCUUGUUGUAUAUCAUUUCAAUGCUGCUUCUAUUUUAUAUGAACAUUUUAAUGAAAGAAAACAGCAGUUUUUGAAUCAAAAUCUCUUAGAUCUUUUUUUAGAUAUCAUGGGAACUUAUAAACCAAAAUCAAUGUACCAGUUUUAUUAAAUGUUCGUCCAUCAUAUACAUUAAUAUUGUUGAACAAAUCAACAGUCUCAAUCCCUUCAAUAGCUUUCAUGUCAAGUUACCCAUUGACUACCAAUCCAUGCCCUAUGUUAAAACUACAUACAUCUCUCGAUAGGAGUUCAGUGCUUCUUUUAUAAUAAAAUAAUAUUUUAAGGAAAAAAAACAGCCGUCUGUUUAAUGUGGAAUUUAUUUUCAACAGUUUCAACGUCAUGUGACCGAGUGACAUCAAAUCAAUGCACCGUUGUAUUACAUAACUGAACAAGCAGGACACACCUUUUCAUCUGAUUUGAAUGCUAUUUCUAUUUAUUAUGAAUAUUAUUAUGGAAAUUCAGAAGUUUCUGUGGUUCAGAGCGACGGCUUGGUGACAUAAGCGUCGUCUUCGGACUGGCACAUUUUGCAACGUAGCAAGAAGGAGCAGCCAGAUCCAGGCUGAAUGUCUGUCAAAUAUACAACUUAUUUACACCACAACUCAUGGAUUACACAUCCUGUUGAAAAUAGGACUAAUAGAAACUGUAUUUCUAAAACCUGUUGCACAAUUUAUAUUUUCCGACAUUGACAGUUCCAGACUUUGAAACCCCUUUUAAUUGUUUUUUAAGCAAGUGUUAAACAUGUCCAGAAAACAAACAAAUAUCUCACACAGGCAAUCAUCAAUCAGAACAGUACAUUUUAUUUAUUGUUUCCAGCUGCACUGUAUGCUAUAUGUUCACCUUGUACAAGAAACAAAUACAAAUACUCACACUAAAAACCAAACAAUCUGCUAGCAGCCGUCUCUUGCUAACGUCACGGGGCUAAAAGGGAUGGAUGUGGCGGCGGUUGUUCACGGAGGACGCUCUGCCUCCGAGAGCCACAGCUGGAUUUCAUUAGAGCAGAAAAACAAAGAGGGAGAAACUAUAGGAGGAGAGGGAGUGGUCGCUCACAUCAGACUAUGAUUAUAAGAACAUUUAA